UUUUUUCUCACGUAGAGUUCACCUUUUUAUAAGGGAUCUAUGUGAAUCUUGUAUAGUUGAAACUUGGUUAAAGCAUUGUAAAAACCUUUUUCUAAGCUCAACCACUUCUCCUAAGAACGGGGCUAAGCUCCAUCUCUGCACUCUAGAGAUUGAUCGAUCAUGGAGGUCUGGUUCAUCAUCCUCAUCUCUCUCUGUGCCUGUUUUUCCCUAAAAUCACUUUUCAGCUUUUUCUCUUCCUCCAAAACCACCAAGAAGAAUGUUUCCCAAGGCAAUCUCCCGCCGGGACCCCCAACUCUGCCUUUCAUAGGAAAUCUUCAUUUGCUUCCCAAAUCCAUGGUUGAUUUGAGAUCUCUCAUGUAUGAUCUCUCCCACAAGUAUGGCCCGAUUCUCACCGUCUAUCUCGGCUCUGAACCCCUCAUCUUCAUCACCUCCUACACCCUUGCCCACCAAGCCCUUGUUCGACACGGCGCCACCUUUGCAAACCGACCUGCAGUCGUCCCCGUUAGCUCUGUUCUCAGCAACAACCACAAAGAUAUCGGCGGAUCCCCCUUUGGCCCAACCUGGAAAGCCCUCCGUCGUAAUCUCAUUUCGGAAGUUCUCCACCCGACUUCGUUGAAAUCUUACUCUGUUGAACGCAAGCGUGUCUUGGACUCAUUGAUCAAGGGCUUCCAUGAAUCUUCCAAGCUCAAUCAGCCCGUCCGUCUGCUCGAUCAUAUCCACCCCGCUUUAUUUUCCUUGUUCAUUCGCAUGACUUUCGGAGAACUCAGCGAGACUCAAAUCAAAGAAGUUGAAGGAAUACAAUAUCAAUUUCUUGUCUCUUACGAGAAGUUCACUGUGCUCGCUACCUGGCCCAGACUGGGGAAGUUGCUUCUCAGAAACCGUUGGAAAAGGUACCUACAAUUCUUGAAGAACCAAGAUGAUGUGAUUUUACCAUUGAUCAGAGCCCGGAAGAAGUUGAGACAAGAGAGAGGCAAGGCAUUCGAACAGAUUUCUUACAUAGAUUCCUUACUGGACCUGAAAAUACCCGGAGAGAAAGGUAACGUGGAAGAAGCAGAUGUUCUGAGCUUGUGCUCGGAGUUAAUCAAUGCAGGAGGCGACACAAGUACAACGAUGCUGCAGUGGGUUUUGGCAUAUUUAGUGAAACACCCACGAGUUCAAUCCAAACUUUUUGCAGAAAUCAGCAAGGUGGUGGCAAAAGGAGCGAAAGAAGUUGAGGAAGAUGAUUUGCACAAGAUUCCAUAUCUGAAAGCAGUGGUUCUCGAGACUCUGAGAAUUCACCCUCCAAACACCUUGUUGGUUCCACACACACCCAUGGAAGAUGUUGAGCUCGGCGGCUACACAAUCCCAAAAGACACGAAGGUGAACAUCGUGACAGCACUGAUCGGGAGAGAUCCAAACGUUUGGGAGAAUCCCAUGGAGUUUAGGCCGGAGAGAUUGCUGACUAGUGAAGACAUUGGAGAAGAAGUGUCUGAUGUAACAGCGUUCAAGAUGAUGCCCUUUGGUGCUGGGAGAAGGAAGUGUCCCGGGAACAAACUAGGAUUGCUUCUCCUCCAGUAUUUUGUUUCAAAUCUGGUCUGGAAUUUUGAGUUCAAAACAGUGGAUGGGGAAGGUGUUGAUCUUUCAGAAAAGGUAAAGUUCUUGAUUGUGAUGAAGAAUCCAGUGCGUGCCUAUAUAUCUCCAAGAAUCAAAUAGCUAGACAGAUCCAACACUGUUACUUUGAAGAAUGAAAAUAAGGACCUUUUGUUCCUCAUUUGACAUCCAGAUGAUCCGAAAGCUGAAAUUCAUCCUUUCUCCCUAUAACAGGAGCAGGGCUAAAUGACUGAUCUGAUCUGAUGAUCCCAUUGUAGUGAUUUCUUUUUCUUUUUGCUUUUGUUCUAUGAUUAUAUAUGCUUUCUGAGUUUAUUAUUGAUCCGUCUUGUUAUUUGUGCUGAAA